UGGCGCGCAAUUCACCCCAGACAUUCCCGCGCAAACUGCGGCCGGUGCUGGUGCUUUCCAUCUCCUCCACUCCUUCCUCCACCUUGCUUUUGCGCCACCCUUUACACCUCACCAUGGUCCAAGAAACCAAGAUGUGGUCCAAGAUGUACGUCCUGAAGAGAGACGGACGGAAGGAACCCGUCAUGUUCGACAAGAUCACGUCCCGGGUGCAGAAGUUGUGCUAUGGCCUCAACAUGGAUUUCAUUGACCCGGCCUCCAUCACCCUCAAAGUGAUCAAUGGCAUUUACUGUGGUGUGAAGACAGUGGAGCUGGACAACUUGGCAGCGGAGACAGCAGCCACCAUGACCACCCGCCACCCUGACUACGCCGUGCUGGCUGCCAGGAUUGCCAUCUCCAACCUGCACAAAGAGACCAAGAAGCUCUUCAGUGAGGUGAUGGAAAGCCUGCACAAGAUGACAAGUGAGAAGACGGGCAAGAAGACACCAAUGAUCAGCGAUAAACACCACGCCAUCAUCAUGAAGCAUGCCGACAAGCUCAACUCGGCCAUUGUCUAUGACCGGGACUUCUCAUACAACUAUUUUGGGUUCAAGACCCUGGAGCGGUCAUACCUCCUUAAGAUCAAUGGCAAGGUGGUGGAGCGGCCGCAGCACAUGUUGAUGAGAGUGGCAGUCGGCAUCCACGGGGAGGACAUCGAUGCUGUCAUUGAGACUUACGAGCUGCUGUCUGGGAAGUGGUUCACUCACGCCUCACCAACACUCUUCAAUGCCGCCACUUGCCGCCCACAGCUGUCCAGCUGCUUCCUGCUCACCAUGAAGGACGACAGCAUAGACGGCAUCUAUGACACUCUGAAGCAUUGUGCCCUCAUCUCCAAGUCAGCUGGUGGCAUUGGGCUCAAUGUUCACUGCAUCCGGGCAAGUGGCAGCUACAUCAGUGGCACCAAUGGCACAUCCAACGGCCUGAUGCCGAUGCUGCGCGUCUACAACAAUACAGCUCGCUAUGUGGACCAGGGCGGCAACAAGAGGCCAGGAGCAUUUGCCAUAUACCUGGAGCCAUGGCACGCUGAUGUCUUUGACUUUCUGGACCUGCGCAAGAACACAGGCAAGGAGGAGACGAGAGCCAGGGACCUGUUCUACGCCCUGUGGAUCCCAGACAUCUUCAUGCACAGAGUGGAGGCCAAUGAGGAGUGGAGUCUAAUGUGUCCUGCAGAGUGUCCAGGCCUCCAUGAUACCUGGGGUGAUGAGUUUGAGAAGCUGUACAUCCGAUAUGAGAAGGAAGGCCGGGCCAAGAGGAAGGUAAAGGCCCAGGCUCUGUGGUAUGCCAUCAUUGAGUCACAGGUGGAGACGGGCACUCCUUACAUGUUGUACAAGGAUUCCUGCAACCGCAAGAGUAACCAGCAGAACUUAGGAACCAUCAAGUGCUCCAACCUCUGCACGGAGAUUGUGGAAUACUCCUCCCCUGAUGAGAUUGCAGUGUGUAACUUGGCCUCCAUUGCCCUGAACAUGUAUGUCAACCCUGACAAGACAUACAACUUCCAGAAGCUGAAGGAAGUUACGAAGGUGGUGACGAGGAACCUGAACAAGAUCAUUGACGUGAACUACUACCCUGUGGAGGAGGCAAGGCGCUCCAACAUGAGGCACAGACCCAUUGGCAUUGGUGUGCAGGGCCUGGCUGAUGCCUUCAUCCUCAUGAGGUAUCCAUUUGAUUCCCCUGAGGCUCAGCUCCUGAACAAGCAGAUUUUUGAGACAAUCUACUAUGGAGCAAUGGAGGCAAGCUGUGAACUGGCCAAGGAAGAGGGACCUUAUGAGACCUAUGAAGGAUGUCCUGUGAGCAAAGGAAUCUUCCAGUAUGACAUGUGGAACGUGACGCCAACAGACCUACACGACUGGGCCGCCCUGAAGGAGAAAGUUGCUAAAUAUGGUGUUCGCAACUCCCUCCUGCUGGCGCCCAUGCCUACUGCCUCCACCGCUCAGAUCCUUGGCAACAACGAGUCCAUUGAGGCAUACACUUCCAAUAUCUACAGCAGACGUGUUCUCUCUGGGGAGUUCCAGAUUGUCAACCACCACCUCCUGCGAGACUUGACGGAGCGAGGGCUUUGGGAUGACGACAUGAGGAACACGCUGGUGGCGCACAAUGGCUCCAUCCAGAACAUUGAUACAAUCCCCGAUGACUUGAAGGCAUUGUACAAGACUGUGUGGGAGAUUUCCCAGAAGAUCAUCCUUCAGAUGGCAGCAGAUCGUGGAGCAUUCAUUGACCAGAGUCAGUCCCUGAACAUUCACAUUGCACAGCCCAAUUAUGGGAAGCUGACAUCAAUGCACUUCCAUGCUUGGAAGCUGGGCCUUAAGACUGGCAUGUAUUACCUGCGUACCAAGCCAGCAGCCAACGCCAUCCAGUUCACUGUUGACAAGACCAAAAUGAGCAAGACAGUUAGUAGUGACGUUCACAAGAAUGGAAGCAACGGUGUCGGUGAUUCCAGCGAAAAUGGAACCAAUGGUGUUACUUCCAAUGAAGCGCAGAACAUGGCUGACAUGGUGUGUUCCCUGGAGAACAAGGAGGCUUGCCUCAGCUGUGGCUCAUAGAUUUCUUUCCCCUGCCUGUGUGUUUGGUGCUGCAAGAGAUUGAAUGAUUUAAGUUUUAUGGAUAGAAUUUUUAUACCUUGAAUUUCCUCAGCUUAGAAUAAGGUUCUUUCUGAAUACACUUGUAUUUCCUUUGGGAUCUUUAAUCUGCAUUAUGACUGAGCAUUAAUGUACAGUAGUGCUUAGGGUUUUUAGUCUGUCCUCAUUUAACAUAUUGCUUUUAGGUUUUUAUCAGUUUGCUGACAAAACUAGCUAAAUACUGUAUUUUUUCUUUAGAUUGAUACAUAUACAGAACACCCUUGCUGUAUCACAUGACAACACUAAUCAAGAAUGGUUAUACAAGUUAUUUAGAUUAUAGUUAGGUAAACUCUGGAGCUCCCUGCCUACUAAUCUAUUUCCACCUUAUGACUUAAACUCCUUCCAGAGGGAAGUUUGAAGACACUUAUCUUUCAAUUUUUGACUACCACUUUGGACCCUGCUUGGGGACCAGCAUUUCAGUAUCCAUUUUCUUUUUAUUGAAUUGUUGGUGCCCUUGGCUGGUAUCCCUCCUACAUUUUUUUACUUGUAUUUUUUCAUCGUAGUGUCAUGGCACCAGUAAUGUGUGUGAGUGGAGCAAACUGACAUAUGAUUGAAUGGUAAAAAAGUUUGUGCCUUUUCAGGAAAUUGAAUAUGUAUCCAAGUAUUGUAAAUAAUAUAUAUAUAUAUAUAUAUAUAUAUAUAUAUAUAAUUUUAAUUUUCUACUCCUAGUAACAUUUUCUUUAUGUAGAUUCUUUUCAUGAAUGUCUUCCAGGCAAAAAAACUCUGACCAGAGAUUGUGACUGGUGAUGCAUGUAAUACAGCUGUGUGAUAUUAUAUGUAUGGAGGCUGUGCUAUUAUUAUUAAAUGUGGACAGUUUUCAUUUGGAAACCAGAUUUUUAUGAAUUUCCAAGUGAGAUAAUGGUAAUUCCAAAGUUAGUUUAUUUUAUUUAGUUGUGCAUUCACGCAUGUGCCUUAUGUCACCUUGCACAACACAACCGAGAGCUUACAUAUCACUGCCAUUGUCUAUGCAAGUGUGUUUCCUACUUGAGUGACUGUAAACUUCAGUUCACAAUGUAGUCAUUGACAAUCAAAGCACUUUUGUAGUUCUCUUAUAUGUUCAAGAUAUUUAAAGCUAAGUAAUAAUUUGUAUAUGGUGCUGAUCAUAAUUGUGGGGAUGGUAUCAAACCAACUCACAUGUAUGUAUAUUUUGUAUGAUCAAUAGUAGCUCCAAUAGUAGCUCCUGUCCUAUAAAGGUAUCAAGGUGGGGCUAGCAAUAUUACAACUACAACAUUAUUAUGCUAAGUGUGCUAGGCAAUGUGCUCAUCUGCUCUUCAUGCAGAAUAGUAUUAAAGGACCAAGCAGUCCACUCAUAAUGAGAUCCCUCUCUCUUCUACACCCCUUAUAUUUGUGUGUUUACAUAACCAUGGCAGGCAUUGGGACCUUUCUCAUCCCAUGCUGUCAAAACUUUAAAUAUAUGUAUAACCUCUGA